CCGAAAAGCCGAACAUAUUUUUAGCUUGAGCCUCCUAAAAAGACUGGACUAUAAAAAUCCAAAAUUCCCCUAGACGACGUCAGUGAUCCACUGACCUGACAUUUGACAUAUGUCUGGAUGCCUGUCUCAGAAUUUUGGGAUCUAGCCAGAGAAUUCCCAGUCGCAAUUUUUUAAUUAGCUACUGCCAAGAAUUUCCGGUGCAUUUAAUCCAGUAUGAACAAUUCAAAGAAAGUCCUUGCUCUAGCAAACGCUACCUACAGGCAGUUGGCCAGGAAUGCUUCAACUGGUAAAGAGGUUCCUCCAAGGUGGGAAAGAUUCCAAAAAGUUACAAAACACCUCCAGAUGGAUGAAUCUGCACCAGUACACCUCAAGGGUGGACUUGGCGAUAGGUUCUUGUUUGGAUCCACUGUAGCCCUAGUCAUGCUUGGACUUGGUCUGUCCGCCGAAACAGUGUACACUCUUAUAUUCAAAAAGUGAAUGUUAUGAUUUAUGUUUGUAGUGUGAAUAUUGUAAUGAUUAAAUAAGAAUAAUACCUGUGAAUUAAUAAAGUGAAUAUAACUAUGACACUUAAUGAUCGAGUUAUGAUUUUAUAGCACAAAGCAUCUAAAAGUCUACUUGUUCCUGUGAAACAUGAAUGUCUAGUGCUUAACAAAUCUGAAACGUGAAAUACUUCGUCUUUUUUAGUUAAUUGUAGCCUAUUAUUCUUUUCACAGCUUUUGGCAGUUACGUAUUGUCUAUGGGUGACAUCGAUGCCAUGCAAACUAAGGCCCGUAUCGUCAGUCGUCCCUACAAUUGUAGGGCGCCUUUAUGGC